AGCGCUUGAGCUGUGUACAAUACAAAACCAAAGUCCUCGAGCUCCAAGUUCCAACCUUUUCUCACACGCAAUUCGCUCACGAAACACCGAAACUCACGAAACCCACGAAACACGAAACUUAACACAAAAUGAAGCUCACCACUGUCCUCGCCGCCCUCCUGGCCACCGUCGUUGCUGCAAAGGACCUGCAGAUCAUCAAGACGCACGAAAUCGCCGAGGAGGACUGCGGGAGGAAGUCGAAGAGUGGUGACUCGCUGUCGAUGCACUACCGCGGCACCCUCGAGGACGGCACCGAGUUCGACAAGUCCUACGGGCGCGGCCCCUUCAACUUCGUCGUGGGCGCGGGCAAUGUCAUCAAGGGCUGGGAUCAGGGUCUGCUGGACAUGUGCAUCGGCGAGAAGCGCAAGCUGAUUAUUCCCUACAACCUCGCGUACGGCGAGAACGGCAUGGGCCCGAUCCCCGGGAAAGCGACGCUCAUCUUUGAGACCGAGCUGUUGGGGAUCAAGGGGUACACGCCGCCGAAGAAGGAUGAGUUGUAAAUACGGGCUGCGGGAUUGAGGGAUUGGGGGAUCGAGGGGUUGAUGUACUCUACUUAACGACCGGACUGAGGAAUGGUCGGUUAAUGAUUGAACGUUACAAAGUGAUCGUGAUCGUGGACGCGUUGUGAUUCGUGAUUCGUGAGGUGUGAGGUGUGAGGUGUGAGCAGCGUGUUUUAGCUUUGGUGUGUUUUUCGUGUGCAGCAGCCCAAGACAUCCCAUCCAUCCCAAAUUCCCC